UAAUCUGAAGAAUCAAAAUAGUUCAACCCUUCGAUUUCAAAUCUGUCCUAGAAACCGUUGUAUGUUGUUUAUAUGUUUAUUUAUAUUUUUAAAAUUAAUCUACUACAGCUUAUGUUACAAGAUUGUAAGCACUUAAAGAAUAAAAAUCGUCGAGCAUCAUAAUAAAGACCCUACGACAAAUAAAAUGGCAUUUUCCACACCUAUUGAUAAUAAAAAGGGGAGGAGGAGAACUUUGAUGUUAGUUGAUACCCCAAUUCCAACAGAACCAAUUAAUGAUGAAUCUGAAAGAACUUCAAGACGUAGCAUCAUUGAAGUACACAAAAAAGCUCAAGAGACUCCAACCACUCCCAUUAAUGAGUCUUUCAGAUUUAAUGGAGAACAAGAGAUGAAAGACCAUCUUCAACUUUGCAUAAAACUUUUUUCUGAAAAUAAAAUAACAACAGGAGUUGCUUGGCAGCUUCAUAUUAUUGACUUAUUGGGCAUCUUAUCCAAAAAACAGAGCAGUAAUACACUACAAGUAGCUAGUACCUCAUUGGAUAUUGGUGCUAAAGUAUAUGGUUUACGUGUAGAUGACUUGCAUGCGCAAGGUUUAAAGUUGGCUCAUUCAAUGUCACGGUUUGUUGAAAAGAACCAACUUGAAGAUAAAGGAAAUGAAGUUGAAGAUGAUGCAGAAUUGGGAAAUAAUGCUACCCAGCCUACUAGAAAAAAGAGAAAAAGAGUGAGAAAUACUAUUGUUAAGGAUCGAAACACUUUACUCACUGAAAUUCCACAAUUAGAAUCUGUAUUUUUCUCUAAUAGAAUCGACUCUAGUCUGAGUACUGUAGAAAACUUGUUUACCAAUAGUUUACCGAUGGAUAGUGCCUGUUAUAAAUUAUUAGCCUUAGGCGGUGAUAAGGCUUGGACAACAGGACCUGAUGAGACUUUGGAUUGUCUUCAGGAACAAAAAAAUUUCAAUACAGAUCUUCUUCCAAAAACUGGAAACAUUUGCGUUCCUUUCCAAAACUUCAUUUUGAAUCUGGAAAAUGCAGCAGAAGAAGAACAGAGCCAAACUGAAAAUAACGCGGAAAAAUUGUUAGAAGAUGUGGUUGUUUAUGACAAUCAAGGAAUUCCUGUACCGGAAUUGGAUGGCACUAUACACGAUGUUUUUAACGAUUUCGAUGCUCAUGAAGAAGAUGAUGAUGUACCUAACACAGAAGACUUUUUAACUCAUCAAGUAAAGCAUGAUGUACCCCAUAUUGUUGACUUGAUAACCUCAGAUAUGGACUUUGCAAGAUCUGAAUAUUCAUACAACAGUCUUAUCACUCUCGGUAGCGGAAAGGUCAUCGAGAAAAUAUGGGCAGGACCAAGCCAUUGGAAACUGAAGUGCAUAAAAAGGGAUAAAUCUAUAUUCUCAGGUAAUGUUGAGGAGGCUCAAUCCAUUAUCAGACAGAAGAAAAAAAUUAAACGGUAUGAACCACAACCGCUGGAUUUCAAGAAAGGCGCUGAAGCGAGGUUGGCUCUAGAAAAUAUGGUGAAGAUUAAAUUCAAAAAAAGAUUAGUUCCCGACAGUAAAAUAACCCUUCCCUUGUCCGAUGAAAAUAUUCGGUCCAUGAUGGAUAACUUAUAUGAAUUAAUGAUCAAACCUUUUAUAUGCAAGCCAAAAGAUACAAAUGCAAUUGCUCUGAACAAGACUCAAGACGAGGUCAACACCAUGGAUCAUUUAGAUGAAGAUAAUCACGAUAUAGGCAUGGAUGACGGAAUGGAUCAUAUGGAUAACGAUCCAGGCAAUGAUAUUGAGGAGGGGGUGGAGGCCUUGAAUGUCGAUCAGAAUUUCAUGGGGGACAACCUAGUGGACGCGCCAGAAUAUAUUCCGAAAGUGUACAUUCCAUAUGCUCAGCAAGCCAAAAAAAUGGAUAUGAAAAAACUUAAAGGUUUCAUGUGGCAAAUUUUGAGCGAAAAGGCAGCAGAGAAAUCGAAAAAAAUCGACUCGACAACGUUCUCAAAAGCUUUCAGCGAUGUAUCCAAAGUCCUACCCCAAUCGAUGAAGAAAGAACUUACAUGUGCCCUCGCUUUUUCUGCACUUUUGCAUCUUUGUAACGAAAACACCCUGAAGUUAACACAAUUAAAUGGCUGCGAAGAUUUUACCAUUGAAUCGGGGUAAUUUCUUUUUGAAUUUUAAAUCUUGUUAUUCUAAUGUAUAUAUUUUGAAUUUUCUAAUAAAAAUUAUUGAUUUUU